AGGGCUGGGCCCUGCCUCGGUGGCCAUGGAGUCCUUCUCGAGUCCCCAGUCCAACUUAGACUGUGAGGGGCCGGGGCUGGGAGGGUAUUGGAGUGCUGAUGGGAGGCAGGAAGGGGUCCAGGGACCCGGGAGUGGCGGGAGAUUCCCAAGGGGCAGGAGAGCCAGGGAACGGGGGGAUCCAGAGGGGUCAGGGGUCGGGAGGCCAUAGAGGGGGAUGCUCAUAAGAUACAGGCAGGUUCCAAGGCCUUGGGCACCUUUCCAACCCUUCCAGCCCCUUCCCCCCUGCAGCCUCCAUCAACCUAGUCACAUGGUGCCGGAGCUGGGAAGGCCGGAGGUUGGUGCUGCGGGCCGUGGCCCUGGGUCUGAGCGGCGUGAGCUGGGUCCUGCUGCUGCCCAUCGGGUCCAACCGCCUGGCAUACAUCCAAGGCCCCGGCCCCCCCCGGCGGCUACCUGGGCUACUGGAUGGACUGCAGGCAGUUCCCCUGCCUGGACCCGAAACGUGUCACAGUGAACAGACACCUGGGCUCGGGCUUCAUGUUUCUGGGCCUGGUCUUGACGUCCAUACUGGUCCCCUGCCUGGGCCUCUCCUUCCGACGCAUCUUCCACCGCCUCACUCACUGCGACCUCGUCCUGGGCAUCAUCAGCUGCAUCUCUGCCACCUUUGUGCUCCUCUCCAUGACGCUCUUCACCCUAGAGUGUGAGACGCUCCAACCCAGCGGGCACUGGCCCUUGAUCACCUACACCCUCCGCUUCUACCUGGGCUGGCUGGCGGGAAUGCUGCUCGGGGCCACUGCCGGUACUUGCCUGACCAAUCACCUGCAGAGCCAGACCUGCCAUUGCUGGGGCCAGGGACGGACCUUAUCCCAGAACCUGGAGGAGCAACAGCCUUCCUCCAAGGACGACAGCCAGGACUGGGGGCAAGAGAUCCUGCUGGGCCACACCUCGGAUGUCUCCCUGUCCAAGGUCAGCUCCUCCUCCUCCUCCUCCUCGGCCAACAUCAGUGCCGCCGCGCCCAAGUCCUCCAGCAGCCUCAACUUCCAGGCCAUCAGGACCAACUCCCCCUCCGUCAGGUCCUCCGUCAUCAGGAUCAGCUCCACGUGGCCAGAUUUGUCCACUCGGAGGAUGACAUAGGCCAAUUGUCCCGGCCUCCUCCUCUCUCCCUUUCCCCCAACCACUCACUACCCCAGUCCCCCCUCAAUCUCCCGCUGAGUUCAGCUCCUCUUUCACUGGUGGCCCUUCCUCCGCACCACCACCACUGUUUCAUCUUGGCCCCAGACCCCAUCUCUGAGGAUUUCACAUGCUCACGGAUCCCUCACCCCGGGACAAGGAGUUAGAACGGCCCCCUGGAUGUGGGGAGAUUCAGCUGCUUCCCCCAGUUUCUUUCCGCUUUCCUCAGCUUCUCCUGAUUUCCUCGCCCUCACCCCAACCCCUGGCUCCCGCCACCGUCAAAUUCUUCCUCUCCCAAAUAGCCCAUCUUCCCUCCCUCCAAAUCCCUCUGCUGCUCUAAUAAAAGUGGGCCUUUCUCCCACCUGGACCUUC